UUUUUUUUUUUGACAAAUCUCAUUUUUCUAAACCCAGAAAACGCAAUAGCCAAACAAUACAAUACAAUACAAUACCAAUCACUAGCAAAUUCAACACAAUUAUUGCAUAUAGCAUGAAAUGCGUAUAUACACCGCGCGCCGUCCUCAAAGCAAACCACUCCAUGAAAUAGAAAAUUACAGUUUGGAUUCAAGAAGAGAGGCCCCAUGAAAGCAGGGGAGAUGGAAUGGAGUAGGAUAACAGGUUCGAAAUUUUUGGUAGAAAGAUGGAUAUCUGAUAUCUCGCGGAGAUUAUGGCUAAUAGGUAGGAGGAGAAAAGUAUAA